AUGGAGGCUGAGAGACCCCAGGAAGAAGAGGAUGGCGAGCAGCAUCAGGGCCCCCAUCAGGAUGAGCAUGGCUGGCCCACUGUGAACACCAGCAAUCGGCCUUGGCGAUCUGCUCCUCCGUCCCCUCCUCCUCCAGGGUCCCGCCACACAGCCCUGGGGCCCCGCUCGGCCUCCCUGCUCUCCCUGCAGACUGAGCUCCUUCUGGACCUGGUGGCUGAGGCCCAGUCCCGCCGCCUAGAAGAGCAAAGGGCCACCUUCCAUCCCCCCCAGAACCGUCCAAGCCUAGGCCAAGCCCCGCCCCGGCCUCUUGAGGACAGAGAACAGCUCUACAGCACCAUCCUCAGUCACCAGAGCCAGCGGAUGGAAGCCCAGCGGUCAGAGCCUCCCUUACCCCCAGGGGGACAGGAGCUCCUGGAGUUGCUGCUGAGAGUUCAGGGUGGGGGUCGAAUGGAGGAGCAAAGGUCCCAGCCCCCCCCCACACACCUGCUGAGACUUGAGCCCCACCAGCCCCUCUGCACUCCUGCGGCUCAAAAGCUGGGCAGCCCACUGCAUGCCCUCAACCCUGCCAGGCAGGGGCACCAGAGACUGGAAGACCCAGCAGAAAUCUCAGUAUUCAUCGCCCUCAUCCACCUUUCCUGGGAACUGGAGCGGGUGAAAUCCUCAAACCCUGGGAAUAGUCAAGGUAGGAUGGACAUUGAACUCCCUCCAUGACCAAGUAUGUAGGAGCUUGAGGCCAUGAGAGGAUCCCAGCCACAGUGGGACACCUCACCCUCUCCUCUGAUCUCAGGGAGUGGCUGGGAGUCUUGGUCCUGAACUGUGGGGACACCCCCCGUAGUCAAGCCACCAGGCAGGAUCUGAGGUGCUCAUUUCCCAGAGGAAAGGCAAAUCUCCCAAGGUUUUCACCUGAGAGACAGUUCCACCCUCCUUCUCAGUAAGAAGAAAGGAAGAGAGGGCACAGCAAAGACAUAAAGACGGUUCUCCCACCUCCAUCACCAGCACACCCAGCCCCUGGACUGAGGGGCCUACAGGCUGUGAAUGGACAUUUAGCCCUGCCCACCCUCCCUUCCCACUGCUGUUCUAAGCUGUCUGAUGUUUGGUUAUAUGAAUAAAUGUAAUUCCCCUCUGGA